CUAAGGUAUAAUUCAUCCAGUGCUGACUGUUUCGGCUGCAGCCUGUACUUUGUCAGAAUGAUCAAAUGUCAGCAGUGAGAUACGUCUGCAGAAGAAGAUGAUUGCAGGUACCUGGAUGCUGUCUUCAAAUCUCUAAAUUGGAAAAAUAAUCUCAACAUCCAUGGCAACCCUAGGGAACCCUCUAGCCUCUGUCCCAAUGAGCUCAAACCCCACCCUCUUAACUGCCAAUAACGAACAGAAAAGCAAUCCCUCCACAGUCCCAGUACUCAUUGACAAAUGUGCCAACCAAAAACACCUGAAACAACUCCAUGCUCAUAUGCUACGCACUGGUCUCUUCUUCGACCCUCCAUCGGCUACCAAGCUCUUCACUGCAUGUGCCUUGUCCUCUCCCUCGAGCCUCGAUUAUGCUUGCAAGGUGUUCGACCAAAUUCCCCAACCUAAUCUCUACACUUGGAACACCCUCAUUCGUGCUUUUGCUUCAAGCCCCAAACCCAUCCAAGGCCUCUUGGUAUUCAUCCAGAUGCUUCAUGAGAGCCAACGUUUUCCUAACAGUUACACUUUCCCUUUUGUUAUUAAGGCUGCCACGGAGGUUUCUAGUUUACUUGCUGGAAAAGCCAUUCAUGGAAUGGUUAUGAAGGCAUCGUUUGGUUCGGAUUUGUUUAUUUCGAACUCACUUAUUCAUUUCUAUUCCUCAUCGGGGGAUUUGGAUUCGGCUUAUUUAGUUUUUUCGAAGAUUGUUGAGAAAGAUAUUGUAUCAUGGAAUUCAAUGAUAUCAGGGUUUGUGCAAGGGGGUUGCCCCGAGGAGGCAUUGCAGUUGUUUAAAAGAAUGAAGAUGGAGAAUGCGAGGCCCAAUCGUGUGACAAUGGUGGGAGUUUUAUCAGCUUGUGCAAAGAAGAUAGAUUUGGACUUUGGUAGAUGGGCUUGCGAUUACAUUGAGAAGAAUGGGAUUGAUAUAAAUUUGAUUUUGAGUAAUGCAAUGCUUGAUAUGUAUGUGAAAUGUGGGAGCCUUGAAGAUGCUAGAAGAUUGUUUGAUAAGAUGGAGGAGAAAGAUAUUGUUUCGUGGACAACUAUGAUUGAUGGGUAUGCAAAAGUGGGUGAUUAUGGUGCGGCUAGGAAGGUUUUUGAUGUCAUGCCCAGGGAAGAUAUUACUGCCUGGAAUGCAUUAAUAUCUUCUUAUCAACAGAAUGGGAAGCCAAAAGAGGCACUAGCCAUUUUCCGUGAAUUACAGCUUAACAAGAACACAAAACCAAACGAAGUUACACUUGCGAGUACCUUGGCAGCAUGUGCUCAGCUGGGAGCAAUGGAUUUAGGUGGGUGGAUUCAUGUGUACAUAAAGAAGCAAGGCAUUAAGUUAAACUUCCAUCUCACAACCUCUCUUAUUGACAUGUAUUCUAAGUGUGGCCAUCUAGAGAAGGCACUUGAGGUGUUUUAUUCAGUGGAAAGGGGAGAUGUGUUUGUAUGGAGUGCCAUGAUUGCUGGGUUGGCAAUGCAUGGGCAUGGGAGAGCUGCUAUUGAUUUGUUCUCAAAGAUGCAAGAAACUAAGGUAAAGCCCAAUGCUGUGACAUUUACCAAUUUAUUGUGCGCUUGUAGUCACUCGGGACUAGAGGAUGAGGGCAGGUUGUUUUUCAAUCAAAUGAGGCCAGUUUAUGGUGUUGUGCCUGGUAGCAAACAUUAUGCUUGUAUGGUUGAUAUUCUUGGUCGUGCAGGCUGCCUUGAAGAAGCUGUUGAAUUAAUAGAAAAAAUGCCAAUAGUCCCAAGUGCUUCUGUGUGGGGUGCUCUACUUGGAGCAUGCAGAAUUUAUGGAAAUGUUGAGCUCGCUGAAAUGGCUUGUAGUCGUUUGCUUGAGACAGACUCCAAUAAUCAUGGAGCUUAUGUGCUCUUAUCCAAUAUAUAUGCCAAAGCAGGCAAAUGGGACUGUGUUUCUAGAUUAAGGCAGCACAUGAAAGUUUCUGGGCUGGAGAAGGAACCAGGUUGUAGCUCGAUUGAGGUUAAUGGCAUCAUUCAUGAGUUUCUCGUUGGAGAUAACUCUCACCCUCUCUCCACAGAAAUCUACUCUAAGUUGGACGAGAUUGUAGCUAGAAUAAAAUCAACUGGUUAUGUGUCUGACGAGUCCCACCUUCUACAAUUUGUUGAAGAAGAAUACAUGAAGGAGCAUGCCCUUAACCUUCACAGUGAAAAAUUGGCAAUUGCCUAUGGGCUUAUUAGGAUGGAACCAUCACAACCAAUUAGGAUUGUGAAAAAUCUUCGUGUUUGUGGGGACUGUCAUUCAGUUGCUAAGCUCAUAUCUAAACUUUAUAAUAGAGAUAUACUAUUGAGAGAUCGGUAUCGGUUCCAUCAUUUUAGUGGAGGGAAUUGCUCGUGUAUGGAUUACUGGAGAACUGGGAGUUCCAAGCUCAGUGCUUCAAGCUUAAGUAAGAAAGAAGCAUCUUACUUGGAUGGUAUUUCUGUGCUGCCACAUCUUAAACCUCCCAUUGGGAAGCUCUGCGCUGUUGAGGGUUCACAAGCUCUUGUUGAUAAGCCACAUGUCAAAAACCCACAACUUGAUGUUAGAUCCGAAGCCUUCUCAUUCCUUGGUCUUCCCAAAGUGUAUAUAACACACCCCACCUCGUUCCUCACUCUACAGAUGCUAAACGUCUCUUCUAGUUCAACAAGACCCAAGCUUUGGCCUUUUUGUUUGUUAGCAAUGGAAACUUUAACUGGCUUGUACACUAAGGUAUUUACAAAAAACAAUAACAAAACUUUAUCACCAUCAAGAUCAGCUCAACUGGGUCGAUCUGAUAUUGGCUUUUCUCCAUCUCCAAGUCUAAAGAGAGCACAUUUUGAUCAUUUGGCAUUGUGUGGACGCAGAGAUGCUCCAUUGCUGGUCAUGAAAUCCCAUCCUGCAUCUAAUGCAGAGGUGUUGGCUGGCUUGGAGACUGCAGUGUCCGGAAACCAAAAAAUGACACCAGAAAAAACUGUUCACGUUAAGUUCCAGUUGCAGAGGGAGUGCAUGUUCGGUGAGCAAUUUCUCCUGGUUGGGGAAGACCCAAUGAUUGGUCUGUGGGAUCCAUCAAAUGCCAUACCACUCGACUGGUCAGAGGGACACACAUGGAGUGUUGAGCUGGAUUUGCGCAUUGAUUUGACGAUGCAAUACAAGUUUAUUCUUAAAAGAAGCACGGGAGAAAUUCUUUGGCAACCUGGUCCGGACAGAAUAUUCAAGACAUGGGAAAGCAGUAGCAGUGUAGUGAUUGCAGAGGAUUGGGAAAAUGCUGGAGCUCAAAAAAUCAUGGAGGAGCAAAUGAUCAAUACUCCAGAUUUGGAGUCUGUUGGUGCUGGAAAUGUUUCUCUUCAGGGGGGAGAAGUUAUGUCUGAUGUCAACAAGGAUUUAAUGCUUUCGGGGCACAUUGCCUGUGCAGAAGAUAAAUCAAAUGGUAAGUAUGAGGUUGUCAAUGGUAUUGCCUAUCCAGCGGAGGGAGAUAUAAUUAAUGCAGACAUAAAACUUGAGUCAGGGGAAUCUUUUGGUGGCAGAAAAGAGGUGCCAGUGCCAGAAGACAAGAAUAAUUGUACAACUUCAACUUGCAAGAACCCAGUAACCAUGGAGGAUGAAGAAACCUUGUUGACUUAUGAACAACGCACUGUUCUUGUACCUGGUUUGAAAUCCUCCACAAGCAGUCUCUAGUGACGAAGCACUUUCCAAGGUACUAGGCUCCAUUUAUGCUGAAACCUCAAUUGGAAUCUAAGCAACUAAGCCCAGAACGUGCCUGGGGCACCUUUUUGAUGAACCAAAUUGUUGUUGUUAUUAUUAUUAUUUUUUCAGACUUCUGCUCUGGGAGCAAUAAUCCACGCAUUCUCCCUGUUUUUGCUGAAAUAUAUUCGGGACUUGAUUAUGUAAAUAUAGCUUCUCUUUGAAUUUUGUCUUGUUGAACUCGCUGCCCCUCACUAAAUAUAUAUAUCGCAGCCCCUUCGCUGUUUGCUGUGUUAUGCUACUGAAUUUGCUGCACGAUGGAACGAUGCCAAGGUCUUAGACAUCCUGCACCUGAGAUCCAGUUUGCAAUUUGCUAAUUUGCCAAUCCAGAAUUUUGCUAGCUGAAUCUCGUCAAGCUGAACUCCUGUUUCUGAGGACUCCACCUAAAUUUUUGCUAGCUCCAUGACUCAAGAACUUGACUUUCAUCAUGGGAGUACAUAUGCUUCAAAAACAGCCUCCUGCCUAAACGGCUUGAAAAGCAAACACCCAUUUCAUUCCUGUACUUCUAGGAUAGCAUUUCAUAAUGUUCGACCGCUGGAGAGCAGGACGUGCUUUCUGUGUUGAAAUACUAUCUUAAGUCAGUACUGCUCAGCUCUGGAUCAAGUCCAAACCUUGAGGUUCGUCAAAGAGGGAUCGGCGAGCUGCUUUGCUAUCGAAACUUGGGCUGGCCAUUUCAUUGUUACUUCCCUUCACAAUUUGCAGAGUCGAACAAUCUGUUCAACUCUCAUCGAUUUGAGCAACUCUCCGCUCUUCGGUGCAAAUUAAAAGAGCAGCUAUAAUUGAGAUAGAAUGUGAUAGAACGGUAUCAAUCUGGUGAAAGGCAUAUAAGCCUGUAUAGGGUAAUAUCAGUUUUCUAGUCUCCUCUGGUGACCUCCUGGAACCUUCUGAUUUGUUGGGAUCUGUUCACGUAACACCUACAGAAAAGGAUUACGAAGACUACAAGCUAUGCGAUUCAUCAGCUUGACACCCUCUAACCAACAUCCAAGAUGAAGCAGGCACCGGGUCAAAAGGAGCAUGCCCUCGAGGAGGCGUGAGGACUGAGUGCCUGACGGUAAAUGGUGUCAUGACGAAGUGAGACCAAAUCUGGGCUAUCGGCCAUUUGGCCUGUACAAUGAAAUAGUAUCAGAUGCAUAAUACAAGCCAUCCAUCCCUUGCAUGUCGAUCCAAA